UAUGCUGCAGCGCCCCCCGCUGGUUGGCGGCGGAGCUGCAGCUGUUUCUGAUGCUGCUGUGAUCUCAGUUGUCGCUGUGCAGUGGAGGCGUUUUUUUUUCUGUGAGCAACCAACCGCAAGAAAUGGAUGUGUUUCUAAUGAUCCGACGUCACAAGACCACCAUCUUCACAGAUGCCAAAGAGUCGACCACAGUCUAUGAACUGAAGCGCAUUGUGGAAGGCAUUUUAAAGAGACCACCUGAAGAUCAGAGACUUUACAAGGAUGAUGUGAUGCUUAAUGACGGACAAACUCUUGGAAAUUGUGGUUUUACAAAUCAAACAGCUCGACCUCAGGCCCCAGCCACUGUGGGACUAGCCUUCCGUCUGAGUGAUGAUUCAUUUGAGCAGCUGAGGGUCGAGCCUUUCUCCACUCCUCCAGAGCUCCCUGACGUCAUGAAGCCCCAGGACUCGGGCAGCACAGCCAACGAGCAGGCUGUACAGUGAGAGAGGGGGCUGGGAAACAAGAGAGGGACGCACAGGGGGGUCGGAGGGAGGAUGCACGGGGGGAGGGAGGGGGUUGAAUUUUGGGAAAUGAUGCCUCCGCGGUGAGUUUUACCUUGCCGACGACAGAUCUUCAGCUGGGCACAAACAAUUACAUACACGGAUUCCCCUUGUUGUAAAUGUGAGGGCGGGUGCUGCAAAGUGGUUCAUUUGUCCUGAAAAUCGGUGAACGCAUGCUAGAUAAAUUGAUAAUUUCACGCAAGACCCUUCAGAGAUACCUGACGGACUUGUCACAACACUGUCAGUCAUCCAUGGGAUUGGUUACGGCUGAACAUAAAAAAUUGUACCUCGUAUUUAAUUAAUUCUAGUCUUUAUUUGGGGUAAGGUUAUUGCUGCCUUACUCGUGUUUUUUAUUUUGCUGGCUUAAACGUGGGAAGUUGAUAAGGUGUGACAUUUUUAGGCUUUUAUGUUUGUGUGUUCCUUUAUUAAACUAUUACUAGAAUUUAACAUGUUAUUUGGUCUUUGGCCUGGAUAUGUUGCAGCAAUAGCUAGGAGUUUGUGAAUUUCUAAGUUACUAUCUGUAUUUCAAAAAACUUUUGAACAAUGUGAAUCUGAAAUAAAAAAUAGAUUCACUUGUUAACAGGAGAUCCGGCAUUAAGAUGAACAUUUCUUGGUACAUAACCUUUCAGUAGUUGUAGUUUUCUUACUGUAACUGCUCACGGAAGUUACUGAGACUGAACACACUCAGUUGUGGGUAUCUACAACACAUGUAACGCUGGCGUGGACCUGGUGUUGAAAAUGAAAGGCAGAGCAGCAAUCAAAAAUUAAUUGAGAUUAUUGAUAUUAUUUACCUUGCUAAUAAAGAUUGGGGUUAACCAACUUUCCUGUCCAAUGUAUGAUUGUAGCCAAUGAUAUCUUGGUUAAUGAGAUCUUCUUGACUUUAAUCAGUGGGGCAAGUUGUUUAUAGUAAACCUAAAGCGUUUGUCAUGUGAUGAGUUAUGAAUCGUACCUUUGAGUAGUGGGCUGCACAUUGAACUCUCUAUCGUCCCAGGAUCACUGCCCAUUUAGGUUUAGCUCAUGCUGCAACUUGUGUUGUAUUAUACCCUGUUAAUACCUUAAUACACAUUGUUUUUUCCUUUAACCUAAAGGUUAAUAACAAAUGAACUUCUCCUGCACAUCAAAACAUCAAACUAGAAUAUAACACUGGGUCUCAUGAACUAGAAAAACUACAAUUUAAAAACUAAAACUUUACAUUACUGAAAACAGGAAAGACUAUUCUGACCUGGGGGUGUUGAAUGAAAUUGUUGAAAUUAACAUUUAAAAAUUGAGGCUGUUAAACAGUGGGACAUGAUCAAAGUUGCACUUGUAACUGAUUUAACAUUAAAACAACUGUUUUUCA